AUGGCCGCAGACGUGCAAACAGAAGCCAGCAUGAAAGAGACAGCGUCCCUAAAAUCACAAGAGGGCCAGACGAAGAAGAAGACGAAUGAUUACAAAGGGUUUAUUGCUGGAGUCUUCAGCGGCAUAGCUAAGCUAUCUGUCGGCCAUCCUUUCGACACUAUCAAAGUCCGUCUACAAACAACAGACCCAAGUCGAUUUAAAGGACCUCUUCAAUGUGUUACGCAGACUGUCCGCAAUGAGGGCUUUCGCGGGCUCUACAAGGGCGCAACGCCGCCUUUGGUCGGAUGGAUGUUUAUGGACUCGGUCAUGUUGGGCUCGUUGACUGUUUAUCGACGACUCCUGUCAGAACAUGUAUUUAAUGUCCAGCCCUUGGGCACAGACGUUACUUUGCCUUCGCCAGGCACGGCAUCAAAAGUGUACACAGCGCUCCCGAGUUUCGGCCACGGCAUCGCAGGCAUAUUGGCUGGUGCGACAGUGAGCUUCAUCGCUGCGCCGGUUGAGCAUAUCAAAGCUCGAUUACAAAUCCAGUACGCAGCGCAAAAGUCGGACAGGUUAUACGCUGGUCCAAUUGAUUGCUUACGAAAGAUCUAUCGACACCAUGGGUUUCCAGGUGUCUACCACGGCCUGUCAGCGACGCUUCUCUUCAGAGCGUUUUUCUUCUUCUGGUGGGGCAGCUACGAUAUCAUAUCACGACAGCUUCGCGAGAGAACGAGUCUCGGCACGCCGGCUGUGAAUUUCUGGGCAGGCGGUCUCAGUGCCCAGGUUUUCUGGUUGACGAGUUAUCCGAGCGACGUGGUGAAGCAGCGCAUCAUGACUGAUCCUCUAGGCGGAGGGCUCAAUGAUGGAGUUCAGAGAUUUCCUCGAUGGAAGGAUGCGGCUGUUGCUGUGUAUAAGGAGCGCGGUUGGAAGGGUUACUGGAGAGGUUUCGUGCCGUGCUUCUUGAGGGCGUUCCCGGCGAAUGCAAUGGCGUUGGUUGCUUUUGAGGGCGUUAUGAGAUCAUUGCCAUGA